AAAGCCAAAACAAAAACCUCAGAGCUUCAUCCCCCCACUUCCGCUCUUUGAUGUCUGAACCACCGCCUUGACACACACAAAACACACACACACACACACACGAGAAGCACGCGCAUAUAUAUAUAUAUAUAUACGUACACUCCACCGUACACAUCGAUUUUCCCCAUACGAUUGAAAAAUUGAAGAACCCAUGUCUUCCCCAAGCAAACGCAGGGAAAUGGAUUUGAUGAAACUGAUGAUGACUGAUUACAAGGUGGAGAUGAUCAAUGAUGGCAUGCAAGAGUUCUUUGUCGAAUUUCAUGGACCCAAAGAAAGUCCUUAUCAAGAAGGUGUUUGGAGGAUAAGGGUGGAGCUGCCGGAUGCUUAUCCGUAUAAAUCUCCUUCGAUUGGUUUCAUUAAUAAGAUUUACCAUCCAAACGUUGACGAGAUGUCAGGCUCUGUGUGUUUAGAUGUUAUCAAUCAGACAUGGAGUCCCAUGUUUGACCUAGUAAACGUGUUCGAAGUGUUUCUUCCUCAACUUCUUCUGUACCCGAAUCCAUCCGACCCUCUGAAUGGAGAUGCUGCAGCUUUGAUGAUGCGUGACCGCACUGCGUAUGACCAAAAAGUCAAAGAGUAUUGUGAAAAAUAUGCAAAGGCCGAAGACGCAGGAGUUGCACCGGAAGAAAAAUCCAGCGACGAAGAAGAAUUGACUGAAGAUGAAUAUGCCGCCUCCAGCGACGAGGAAGUUGCCGGAAAAGCCGAUCCUUAGAAAAAAUAAAGUAAUAAUAAUAUUCCCAACUGUUUAUCUGUACAUGAAUUAUGUUAUGUGAUGAUAAAAUUUGAAUCCUGUAUGAAUUGCUCGUUCGUGUACGAAGAUAAUAUCCAUUGCCGUUUUUCGUUUUUCUUUUA